GAAUGGUGUGAACAUAAAAUAAACAAGUAGUACAAGGACAUAAGAUGAAAAGCACUUACAUAUAAAGCAAAAUCAGGCGCAUCAGAAAAACAAGAACAAGAAGGGAGACGUUAGUUCUUAAGUAAAAUCUAUUAUUUAUUUGUUUAUAGCCGGCCUUUCUCUCCCUCUCUUUUUGUAUAUCCUGUAUCCCACAAACAGCAUAUUCCUGCUUAAAGUAGAACUCAUAUUCAACCUUCUUUUCCUUCUCUUUUCUUUGAAUUUCAAAAUCUUGUUACAAUAAAUCUUUAGUAUCUAGUCUAAUCUCCUUGUUUCAAUAGAGUUCUUUUGAGUUACAUCUUUUUGUUUUAGUUUAAAAAACUAGUCACUUUUUUUUCUUAUUUGUAUAUAUUUGUGUGUGCUUUGAAACUAAUUGAAGCCAUGACAGCCCAUUUGAUCUUUUGGGUGAAAGUUGUCUUUUUUAAUGUCAAAACUUGAUUUUUAGUGUAAUUUUUGUCAGUUGUGCAAUACCCAUAUUUAAAGAUUUUUCUUUUUUUGGUAAUCAAGUUGAUUUUUGGUCUCUGAAUUAUCAUCAAUGGUGGUUACAAUGAUGAGGUGGCCACCAUGGCCGUCUCUUGUAUCGAGGAAAUUUGAAGUAGUUCUUGUUGUUUGUAAGCUUGAGGGGUUGCGUUUGAUAAAACUUGAUGAAGAGGAGAAGAAAAGAUUGGUGGUUGAAAUAAAGUGGAAGGGUCAAAAAAAUAUCGCUUUUCGUCCACUGAGAAAGACUGCGAAGAGGAACUUUACAGAGGAAGGUGGGGUUGGUGGUGAUGGAGUUGUGGAAUGGAACGAAGAGUUUAAGAAUUUGAUCAGCUUUUCUGGUUCCACUGAUGGGUUUUCCCUUCCAUGGGAAAUUAACUUUGCAGUUUUCAAUGGACCAAGGAAUAAGGUCUCUGUUGUUGGAACCGGAUCAUUGAACCUUGCAGAAUUCGUUGAUUCAGCAAUGGAGAAAGAGCUUGAGAUUAAGUUUCCCCUGAAAAUUGUUAAGGGUGACACAAUUCAGGGUGCUCCCUCUCUUUGUUUAUCUCUUAGGUUAAUGGAGUUUAGUAUUGCUCAAGCAUCCUCACACUCUGGGCAGAGAACAAUAGUGCCUCUUACAUCGUCGCCUUCUUCUGUGGAAGCUCUUUCAACGCAGAAGGAUGAGCUUUCUGCUGUAAAAGCAGGCUUGCAAAAAGUAAAAAUAUUCAGAGACUGUGUGUCAAGGCAACGAUCAAAAAAAGAAUGUGCUGAAGAAGAGUGCAGUGAUGGGAGAUGCUCUGUCAUAAGUGAGGAUGUUGGUGAUGCAGAUUCAGCUGAUGGUGAUGCUGAGGAGGAAUCAGAUGAGAGCAAGGAGAAUUUUAGUGGACAGCAGUCGGUCAAUUAUGCAACAUUGGCCUGUGCAAACUGGGCAGGAGGAUCAUGUUAUGCAAAUACAAUUAGCAAUCCUGAAGACGAGGGUUGGAUCUACUAUAAUAAUUGUGGAUUGGAUGUGGAGUGCUUAAAUGUUGAGAAUUCAAGCAGAUCUGUCUUUGAGCAGUCUUUGCGGCAAAGUAUGAAGCGUAGAAUCUUACCUUGGAGGAAGAGGAAAUUGGGUUUUAGAUCUCCAAAAACCAAAGAAGAGCCUCUUUUGAGAAAGGAUUGUAGAGAAGAGGGAGGUGAUGAUAUUGAUUUUGAUCGCAGGCAGCUUAGCUCCUCAGAUGAGUCCAGUUUUGGGUGGUAUAAAUCAGAUGGUUUCACAAGUCAGUCAUCAUUUUCUGAAUUUGGGGAUGACAGUUUUGCUGUUGGCAGCUGGGAAAACAAAGAAAUAAUAAGCCGUGAUGGACACAUGAAGUUACGUGCUCAAGUUUUCUUUGCUUCCAUUGAUCAAAGGAGCGAACGUGCAGCAGGCGAGAGUGCAUGUACUGCCCUUGUUGCUGUCAUCGCCAAUUGGUUGCAGUCCAACCGAGAUGAAAUGCCAAUUAAAUCUGAAUUUGAUAAUCUCAUCAGGGAAGGAUCUCUAGAGUGGAGAAACCUCUGUGAGAAUGAGGACUACAUACGCCAGUUUCCUGACAAGCACUUUGAUCUUGACACUGUCCUUCAAGCUAAAAUCCGUCCUCUUUCUAUGGUACCAGAGAAAUCUUUUAUCGGUUUUUUCCAUCCAGAAGGCCUGGAAGGAAAGGAUUUUGACUUCCUUCAAGGUGCAAUGUCAUUUGACAGCAUAUGGGAGGAGAUCAUUCGAAAUGGAUCCAACUCUCAUGGAAAUGUUGACCCUUUGAUCUACAUUAUCAGUUGGAAUGACCAUUUUUUCGUGCUGAAGGUUGAGCAUGAUGCUUACUAUAUCAUUGACACUUUGGGGGAGAGGCUUUAUGAGGGAUGUAACCAGGCCUAUGUCCUGAAGUUUGAUAAAGACACAACAAUCCAGCGACUGCCAAACAAGACACAGCCUUCAGGUGAAAAAUUGCUAGUGAUAAAGCACUAGGAAGUUCAUCAAAAGAGACUAAGCCUUCAGGUGAAAAAUCUGCUUGUGAUAAAGCACAACGAAGUUUAUCGAAGGAAACUUUGGUGCAAGAGACUCGAUUAGUUUCCCUGAACGAGUCUCAACCCACCGAGGAAGAAGAGAUCUUGUGUAGAGGGAAGGAAUCUUGCAAAGAGUAUAUCAAGAGCUUCUUGGCUGCAGUCCCUCUUCGAGAAUUGCAGGCUGAUAUCAAGAAGGGCUUGAUGGCAUCGAUGCCUCUUCAUCACCGGCUACAAAUCGAAUUUCACUAUACUAACUUGCUGCAGCCUAUCAUUGAGUUCAUGGCUAAUAAGGAAGCAACAUGUCGUGCGUCAACAAUGGAAAUGGCAUUGGCUGUUUCUUAGAGAGUGCUAUAGAGUUACAUAGUUUGCCUAACUAUAAUUAUUUUUCCGUUUUCUUUAUCCCAAUAUUUUGGUGUAUAUUCAGGUGAAUGAAUUGAUCAAAUAUGAGGUGAUCAUUUUAAUGGUUAAGGCAUGGCUGCUUUCAUA